ACAAAAAUAAAAGAACAAAUAAUCAAUUACAUAAGCUUAGUCAAUUACACAUAAGCUUAGUUUCACGUGUUAUUUGCUUUGUUUUGUUUUGUUUUCAAAUCGAUCACGAAAUCAACGAAAGAGAGAAAGUGAAAUCUACCUUCCGGAGACCAUGAAACAUGAAGGAGGAGGAGGAGCAGCCGACGUAUGGUUUCACCACCGAUGGUGUUCUCCGCUGCUGCUGUUGUUUCCCAUAUGAAAUGAUGAGUCUUAGUGUUAAACCCAGAUCAAAAAGACUAGAUUUUUAGGUGACUCAAAUGAUUAAUUCUCAAAAAAAUUUUGUUGUUUUUGAGUGAAUAAUUUAGGGAUCUAAGGGAUUGUUGUUGUUUUUGAGUGAAUAAUUUAGGGAGGUGAAAGUGGGUAACGAGAUGAUGAUGAUGAGGAGAUCGGGGUUGGCCAAGAAGCUCCACUCAUGAACAUAAAUCUAUGUGAUUGUCUUUGAUCCGUUUGUAGUGAGAUAAUGCACUCGAUCGAGAAAGAAAAAAAUCCAGAAAUCGUUUAUGUGUUUUCAAAUUCAAGAGCUCCUUCAUGGAGAAUACAAUGCAUUUUACUCUCUCAAACAAUUUAGUGUUCUUUGCUCAAAACUGUUCAAAAUUUGUUUUUUCUGGUUUAGUUAUUUAGGGUUUUUACAAAAUGAAUUUGAGAAUUUUCGAUUUGGAAGUGAAGAACAUGAUGGGUCGGGUUAUAUAUCUUAAUCGGGUUAUAAAUUGGUUUCAUACCGGUUUUCUGUGGUUUUUUUCCGGGUUUAACUUUAAAACUGUCUAAAUCCAGAUUGAUGGGGGAAAUAGCAAUAGAACUAUGAAUUUAGGUAGAAAUAAUAUGAUAGUUCCAAAGCUGAAAUAGGAAAGGGGAAAUAGGACCUCCUUCCACUAAUUUUGGGGGAAGAUUCUCUCUUCUUCUUCUUCAAUCGAUAUCUCUUCUUCUUCUAAGAAUCAGUCACCUUCUAUGUCGCCUCUUCCUCUAUCAAUCUCAUCGCAACCAUGCAAAAACAUGUCUGGUGAGUUGUGUUCGAUGAGACCUUUGUUUGGUGGCGCUAUCUCCACUGUCUUCCCUCAAAGAUUUGAGGAUGUGAGUGAUAUCCGACAAGUUCCAGAUCAUCAGGAAGUGUUUGUGGAUCCUUCAAGAGAUGAGAGUUUGAUAUUUGAGUUGUUGGAUUUCAAGACUGAGGUUGGUGACAUUGGUAGUGCUUCUUGGUUCCUUAAUGAUCUUGCGCGUGAGCAAGAUGCUGAAGGAUUUCAGUUGAUUGAACAAUCAGAGGUCAUUGAGACGACUGGACUGUCGUACAGAAACAUCCCUGCUGUUGCAACAACUGCUAUUGGAGAGAUGGCUAUAUCCAAAGGAAGACAGGGAAGAGAAGCACAAAACCUAGUGAGGGUAUAUGUGGCAAAUCUGCGUCUUAAGGGAGUUGAUACAGAUGUCUUAGUGACUACGUAUGAACCUAUACUGAUAAACCCUCUGAGCGAGAGCGCGGAUGCUGUGGGAUCUGGUUUAGCUGUCCCAGCUUCACAAUCUGGAAAAAUGCCAAUGUGUGAUGUCAUUAAACAAUCACUCUCUACCUUCAAAGUCAAUGACUGGAAUCUUUUCGGUUCCUCAGCUUGAGUCUAUGCCAAAAUGAGAAGACGAUUUAAUCCUACCAAUACAAAGGCUUCAAGAAGUUUGCUUUAUUAAAGUUAUUGAAGUACUUUUAAUUCUAGUUCUUGAUCCUUUGAAUUAGGUUUUAGGCUUUUAGUAGUUGGAGCUUUAUAAAUAGGAUCUUAUUUCCCUUGUGUAAGACACCUUUGGCUUUGAGUAAACAGAGACUCUUCUCCCUUUUCCUUGAAUCGCUUUGAAUUCAGUUUGCCAUU